CGAGGAAGUUCGGGGCCCGCGGGGCCGCAGCGGCCGGGGACGCCGUGGGCACCGGCCAUGGACGCGGAGCCGCCCCUGUACCCGGAGGCGGGGGCCGCAGGGCCGCUGGGUGACGAGGACCAGCUCGGGGUCCCCGACGGGCCCGGCGCCCCGCUGGACGAGCUGGUGGGCGCGUACCCUAACUACAACGAGGAAGAAGAGGAGCGCCGAUACUACCGCCGCAAGCGUCUGGCCGUGGUCAAAAACGUGCUGGCGGCCAGCGCGGGCGCCACGCUCACCUACGGCGUCUACCUGGGUCUCCUGCAGAUGCAGCUGAUCCUGCACUACGACGAGACCUACCGCGAGGUCAAGUACGGCAACAUGGGGCUGCCGGACAUCGACAACAAGAUGCUUAUGGGCAUCAACGUGACGCCCAUAGCCGCCCUGCUCUACACGCCCGUGCUCAUCAGGUUUUUUGGCACUAAAUGGAUGAUGUUUCUGGCUGUGGGCAUUUAUGCCCUCUUUGUCUCCACCAACUACUGGGAGCGUUACUACACGCUUGUGCCCUCAGCCGUGGCGCUGGGCAUGGCCAUCGUGCCUCUCUGGGCCUCCAUGGGCAACUACAUCACCAGGAUGGCCCAGAAAUAUUACGAGUACGCCCACUACAAGCAGCAGGAGGAGCGGCGGCCCCCCCGGGGCUCACACGUGCCCUACCUCGUGGUCUUCCAAGCCAUCUUUUACUGCCUUUACCAUCUGAGCUUCGCCUGCGCCCAGCUGCCCAUGGUGUAUUUCCUGAACCAUUACCUGUACGACCUGAACCACACGCUGUACCACGUGGAGAGCUGCGGUACUGACAGCCACAGCAUCCUCAGCGGCUUCAACAAGACGGUUCUGCGGACGCUGCCGCGGAGCCGGAACCUCAUCGUGGUGGAGAGCGUGCUCAUGGCUGCGGCCUUCCUGGCCAUGCUGCUGGUGCUGGGCCUGUGUGGUGCGGCCUACCGGCCCACGGAGGAGAUCGACCUGCGCAGUGUGGGCUGGGGCAACAUCUUCCAGCUGCCCUUCAAGCACGUGCGUGACUUCCGCCUGCGCCACCUCGUGCCCUUCUUCAUUUACAGCGGCUUCGAGGUGCUCUUCGCUUGCACCGGCCUGGCCCUGGGCUACGGUGUGUGCUCCUUGGGGCUGGAGUGGCUGGCCUCCCUGCUGGUGGCAUACAGCCUGGCUGCCUCGGCCGCUUCCAUCUUGGGCAUGCUGGGACUGUGGCUGCCCCGCUCAGUGCCCUUGGUGGCCGGGGCAGCACUGCACCUGCUGCUCAUCCUUGGCCUCUUCUUCUGGGCCCCCACACCUCGGGUCCUGCAGCACAGCUGGGCCCUCCACAUGGCAGCCGGCCUCUGGGGCGUGGGCAGCGCCUUCAACAAGACGGGACUCAGCACCCUCCUGGGAACAAUGUACGAGGACAAGGAGCGGCAAGACUUCAUCUUCACCAUCUACCACUGGUGGCAGGCUGUAGCCAUCUUUGUUGUGUAUUUGGCCAUGAGCCUGCCCAUGAAGGCCAAGCUGGCGGUGUUGAUGGUGACGCUGCUGGGCGCCACGGCCUCCUACCUGUGGAUGGAGCAGAAGCUGCGGAGGGGUGUGGCCCCGCGCCAGCCCCGCAUCCCACGGCCUCAGCACAAGGUGCGCGGUUACCGCUACCUGGAGGAGGACAACUCGGACGAGAGCGAGAGUGAAGCGGAGGCCAACCAGGCCGGAGGCCGGGCGGACGGCGUGGAGGAGGACGUGCCGCCCGCGAGGCCCCAGCCUGGCCCUGAGCCCGCCGCUGGCCUGAGCCGUCGACCGGUCCCCUACGAGCAGGCGCUGGGGGGUGACGGACCCGAGGAGCAGUGAGGGGCCCCAGACGCCGCCUCCCAGCCUGCCAGCCGCAGUUUACCAUGUCCUGUGCCAGCUGUAGGAAGGACCCUCUGCCUCCUCCCGCAGGUUCAACACUGCCCUGCCCAGAGGUCCCGGGUGGAGGAGGG